CCACCGGAAACCUCCCCGCAAGCCUGUGCCGUGGCUUUCCGUACCAGUAACAAAACUUCAUCUUCAUUUCAUAUCCGAGAGUGCGAGCGGGCGUGACACGCCUGCUCCGGCGCGACGAGCCGAGCAAACAUAUUCUCCGCGGUCAACAACUUCUUCGCUGAUUCGCCGCUGGUGAAUCAGCUCAAGGGCAUCAUGACGAGACAGACGAGCAGUGGCGGCGAGCCGGGACCACCGGACGACGCCUCUCGCCCCGCCAGUCGGGGCCCUCCUUCCGUAGCUCUGAGCCACUCUGAGAGCCAGCUGUCUCAGCGAUCAGUAUCGCCUGUACGCGUCCAACGGCAGGUGACGUUCCUCAAACCUGCCGCCGAUACCAAUCUCGACAGGAAGGCGUCUAUCGUGGAUGAGACCAGUGGCAUUACAAGGACCCAGAUGAAAGAAUUCCGCGAGGCGUUCCGUCUGUUCGACAAAGAUGGCGACGGCACCAUCACCAAGGAGGAGCUGGGCCGGGUCAUGCGCAGCCUGGGACAGUUCGCGCGUGUCGAAGAGCUUCAGGAUAUGUUGCAAGAAGUGGAUAGCGAUGGUGACGGCAACGUAAGCUUUGAGGAGUUCGUCAGCAUCCUCUCCAAGUCCAUGUCCGUGGGCAGCGGCGCCAGCUCCGCCGAGCAGGAGGAGCGCGAGCUUCGCGACGCCUUCCGUGUGUUCGACAAGCAUAAUCGAGGGUACAUCUGCGCGUCUGAUCUGCGAGCGGUGCUGCAGUGUCUUGGGGAAGACCUUUCUGAGGAGGAGAUUGAAGACAUGAUAAAAGAAGUGGAUUCAGACGGAGAUGGCCGCAUCGAUUUUCUAGAAUUCGUCCGAGCGCUUGGCGAGCCAGAGGACGCAUGUGACGAAGAGGACGAAGAUGACGUCAUUGACACCGAGAUCGCGCUGCCGAGGCCUGUCGCUGCCAAUUAAAUCGAUCAACUAAACCAACUUACUGGACAGUCACCAUCGGAGCCGCCAGGGUGCUCACAAAUAUCUGAACAAAGGUCUUAUCAAGAUGUUAGGUAGCGGACAGAUUGGCCAUUGGUCUAUUAUACAGUCAUCGCAGUCGAUGUAGGCUGUAGACUACCUCCUCAAAAUACCAUCUUUAGUCGCAGCAACUAUCAUCUGCAAAGAUACUGUGGCCAAUGAUGAUGAUGAGGUCGCGGACUGGACGCACUUAUUGGUUUAAAGAAGAUUUGAUAUCUUAUCGGACGGAUCGGAUAGUCGUAUCGGACUCAAGAUGUAUAUUGUCUAAUAGUCCGUGUUCUGUUCUGACAGGGCAGGGCAGAAACUAAGUUGCCACAAUAUUCGCGGGAACGUUGCAGACAAGAAAUUUAAUAAUCGGAUGGAAAGUUGAUCGCUAAAAUUACCUUAACUUUCGGAACUUUCACGUACAAUUUACAUAAUUCAACAAAAAAAAUAAUGAUCUCUUUCACACUAGUGAUUUUCGAGUGUGCAGGGUAGACGAAGAGCUGCAAAAGUGCAUAGACAUAUUAAGAAUGAAAUUCGUUAAUAUUAGUGGCCAUGCAAUUUUGCAGCUCUGUGUACAUUAUAUGUUUCCUGUUUCCUUAGUUUACAUAAAUGAGCUCUUUAAUUUAUGCAAACUAAGAGUUUUUAACUGGUGUUUAGUUAAAUUCCAUUUAGGUAUUACCACAGAAUAAACAAUAGUACUAGGUACAGAAGAUUCACUCUCUAACAAAACGCGUCUGUUACUAUUAGGACAGAUAUGACCGCUAGGUGGCGACAGCGCCACGCGCGGCUUAUGGCUAGCCACCAAAAUUGGUGUGGGACGGAUGUACUUGUAGCUACCUGUUGCAAAGCGACGAAAUCGCGGAGUGAGCCGCGCCUGGUAUUACUACGACAGCUACCUACCAACAAUAGGUACCUACCUGCGCGCUAACUCGCGGCUAGCUAGUGCCGCUUUCGUGCAAAGUUUUGUCCCAUCACGCUCGAAUUUUCUGAUAAAAAUAUCCUUGGGUAUUAAUAAUAAAUUUAUAAUCUUUGCCUAUUUACAAUAAAUACAUCAAAUUUACGGUUUUAAAUAUCGCGCGUGUGAAUAGCUUAAAUUCGUGAUAUAUAUUACAUUCUCCAUCCUGUAUUAAAUAAUGUAAUCAAGAGUGAGAUAGCUUGUAACAAGCAUGGAUAUGAACAUUGUAGUAUUACUAACAUAUCUUAUAUAGGUAAUCGUAUGUACGAGUAUAUAUCUUCGAGGAGAAGUGGCCUGAAAUAUAAGAUAAUUAUACGUACAGUAGGUACAUACAUUUGCAAUUCGCUUGUCCUCGAAAUUUUUUGAACAAUUCGGGUUUCCUUAAUACCUACUAAUAAUACAUAUCUUAACAGGGAUUAAUCUACUUUCAAAAUAACUCGUAUUUUUAAAGAACUCGAUUUAUGAAUUAUAUCUUAGACACCAACAGCCGAGAGGGCCUACCCAAGAUGUCAAUCGUUUGCGCCGUAGCGAACGAAACUGUAAUAUCUCUCUAUCACUCUUCCUAGAAGCGCACCAGAGAUAUUAACGUUUCGUUCGCUACGGCUACAGAUGUCUAAUACCCAAACUAUUGAUUAGGUACAACUUAGCUCUUUACACCGGUCUGAUACGAUCCGUGAGAGUUGAUUUCAGGUAAAGGGGUGAUACGUGAGUAUAAGGGGUGUAUAAGUGUAUAAGGGGUGAUUUUAAAUUGCCCCUGCCUGUCAUAAAACGCACAGGCACAGUGCUCGCUAUACCUAAAGAUACCUUGAGAUAUAGGUAAAUCAUAAAUCCAGUUAUUUUCAUAACCAGGUUGUAAAAGUAUAAAUCAAAAUAUACAAUACAAAUAUACUAGAUUCAGUCAGCAGUAGAAAGAAGUUGCUUAUUCUCUUAACAAUGAAGUGGCGUCAAGAUUAUUUUGAACACCUGAUCCGCUUAGCAACUUCUGCUGCUGACUGUACUAUUACGAUUUGUAAAACGAUUGAAAAUAUUCAAUUUUAAUAUCGAUGUUGUGACUUACGGUAAAUAUUGACCAAUAAAAAUAUAACAACUAAACAA